AUGCGUAUCUUCAAACCAACCCAUCCACCAACAAAUCGACAAGCGUGGGGCAUGGCCUUAGACAACGAAGGAAACACCCUAGAUGCGCGUACGCUCAGUGCGGACCAAGUGAAGCUGUACUUUAGGGUAAUGAUCCAGACGAUGGCUCACAGGGCCGUUCUUCGUGGUACGGGCUUCUACGAAGUGCUAUCCCAGGAUAGGACCGGCUUGAGCAUUGGCUCUCUUCCGAGUAUGUGCUACCGACUGUACGAUGACCGUUACUUGAUGCAAUGCAUCACUGAAGAGGCAGGCUACCAUGACCUACAGCGCUUUCGCGAGUAUCUAUUGGGCCGUGAGCUCAACAUUGGUCUCAUCAUCGGCCCAUCGGGAUCCGGAACGACAACCUUGGGAGCUGCUGCGGCUCUGUCUUUGGCAUACUGGUUCUUGGUAGUCAUGCGCACAAGCGCCUUACCACCGCUCGACCAAGACUCGAAACCAGGCCUGGUAAAACUCCAGGCCGAGAUCGACACGCGCCCCGAUAUGUUGCAUCUGCGUCAGUGGGUGACUAGACAGAUGGAUCCUGCGACAUAUGCCGCCACCGCCACCCCUAUUAUAAACAUCAAGGAUGUGUUUUUUCAAGUUAUGCGCCAGGCGGAUUUUCUUUGCGUCCAUCCUGCUGACACAGAAAUAUCGCCGAUUUCUCAAUGGAAGAGUACCAUUGCUCGAGGUGUUGUUAUUGGCGAAGCCGGCAGCAUGAGCCAAGCGGACUUCUACGGUCUCUGGGGAAACUCUCUCCUUCCUUGUUUUCUUUUUGGCGAUCCUGAUCAAAAGCCUGUCGUUCUUACAACUGACGAGGCUGACGCCGACGGCAAUUUGUACAACCGGUUUGCGGCAGAUGGCGCAGUCUCGCCGCUGAAAUAUCUCAUGGCAACAGGCAUCCCCGCGUUUCGCUUGGAGGCUGCUGCGCGGCCCUAA